AUGAGUGAUCCCAAGUACGCCUACCCCUACCCUACACAAGGAUACUACCAGAGGCCGUACCAGGACUCGCCGGUGAUGGCGCCGCCGCAGUACGCCGCGCCGCCGCCCAGGAGGGAGCCGAGCUUCCUUGAAGGCUGCCUGGCCGCGCUGUGCUGCUGUUGCUUGAUCGACGAGUGCUGCUGUGACCCAUCCAUCAUCUUCGUCGGCUAG